UUGAGUCGUCGACAACCAGAAGUCUUGACUGGAGUGUGCGGGGAAAGAUCAUUUCGUGGAAAAGCAAUACAUAAAAUGCUGUUGUUUUGUAGUUAAACCAAAUAUUUUAUAAUUCCAUAUACCCCAUAGUUGUCAUGGUAGACUGUGCUGACAUUUUAGAACAGUUGAAAAUUGUUUUUGAGGCCUUUGAUGUUGAUGGUCGCGGAAGCAUCAAUGCUGAUCAUUUCUGUGUCAUAGCCAAGGAGCAUUUCGGAGAAGCUAGACACAAGGAGAUUGUUGGUCUUAUCCAACUUUUGGAUCCUGAAGGUAGUGGACAGAUCAGUUUCAACUCAUUUUGCGACGGUGUACAAAUAAUUAAUGAUAUGGCAGCAGUAGAAAAAUGUAACAAGCAAGUUCUAGCAAUGAACAGCCUUGGCACUUCAUUAACUCUGGAGGACAUUGAUGGACACUGUGAAGAUGAGAAUUCAACUGCAAGUACAUAUAAUGAAUAUGACGAUAGCGUUAUGACAGACAUGAGCGAAGAGAACAUAGCUGCAAGUCCAUUUCUGAGCGAGGGCACUGGUUAUUCUGUAGAUGGUGACGAUGAGGAUAGCGCGUUCGCAAAUGGCCAUCUAAGAACUGAUUUUGACAGUAUUACUAAAUCCUUCACGGAUGACGAGGAGCAAUAUGAAGAUUAUGGUGAGAAUACAGACAUAGAAUGCGACUUAGAAAAUAAUGCUCCAGUGCAGGUUUAUAUCGAAGAUGUUGAUAAAGACACAGAAUCAAUCACUACCAAUAGCACAGUGAUGGUUCAGGACCGUAGACUAGUUACGUUGAAACGUGACCUGUGGUCGAAAGGCGAUCAAUUCAAUGGAAACUUCAACCGUGGAAGUCGCCAAUACUCUAGUCUUCGCGCAAGAAGAGUUACUUCCAAUGAAUUUGCCAGUCAGUUGUACCGAUCUUCUUCGUCAAACAACAUAUCAAAUGACUUUGGAAGUAUGUCCGACUGCCUUGGGGACUAUGCAGCCUCAGAAAGCGAUGUCCUAGAACUCAGUGACAAGGUCAAACAAUUGGAGAAUCAAGUUGUUGAUCUGGAAGAGGAUAAGGCAUCUGGUGAUGAUCACGUACAGAAGUUGCGUGCAGAGAACACCCACCUGAUGGAACAACUAAACCAGAUGGAAGAACAGCUCAGAGAGGCAGACACGAAGUUGGAGGAAAGAAUACAAGAGGAAAAGAGCAGGCAUAAAGAAGCUAUGAAUAGACAAGAAAAGGAGAUGAGAGCUGAAAUAGACAGCCUUCAAAACCAAAUCACCGAGAUGGAAGAUGAGAAACAGGAUUUUCUUGGUGACAUUCCGAGGUUAAAGAAAGAGAACGAAAGUUUACGUAAGGAACGUGAUCGUCUGAUGAAGGCAUUUCGAGAGGCAGACGACAAGUGGUUUUCAUUGUCAAGCGAGUACCAACGCCAACAACAGCAGUACAAAAUUGAGAAGGAAGAACUGGAGGAAGAACUCGCAACAAAUGCUGUGCUGAUUGAAGAGAUGAAUGGAGAACUGGAAGAGUUGCGCCAAUAUCGUGAGGAGAAUCAACAGAUGAAUUUGCUGAGAACACCCAGCCUGCUGGACAUGCCUGGUAGAUUACAAGAAUUGGAUAUACAGUUCAAGCAAGUGAAACAGGAGAAUGCUCUUUUACAAGAGAGCAAUGAUGAGUUAAGUGCUCAGAUGAUCAACACACGGGUUACAUUUGGACCGAGCCUGUUGCAUCGUGGAGUGUCUAAGUCAGCCUCUUUUGCAGCUGAGAUUGAGACAGCUUCCAAAGAUGAUAUAAUGCAGGCUUUACGUGAUGAAGAAAAGAUUUCUAUAGAAUUGCGCGAAUACAUUGGACACAUCUUGACAAGAAUUUUAGAACACAAUCCAUCCCUGCUAGAAAUCCAACCUAGGCCUUCGAGCAGUGCUUCGCAAUCAUCAUGACGUUUAAUCAUAAGUUUGUAGUGAAUAGAUUCUAGUUUUUUAACUUCUGUAUAACAGGCUGUCAGAUAACACUUGACACCGACAGAUUGCAAAUCUAACCAAAUAUUUUGUUCACUACCUUGAGGAUGAGAAUUUUGGAAGAUUGUUGUAGGCUGUUUAUAGACAGUAAUGAUGCUAAGGUGGUUUGACAUGGCACAGAAAAAAAAAUAUGAUCAUAGGCCACCAUUGUAACACUUUCUGAACUUUUAGCCGGCUUUAAUUUGCCUUAAAACCGAUGUGGGUUAAAAGUAAAAAGCAAAUAUCCCUGUACAAGAAAGUAGGAACUCAUGCUGUUUAGAGUAUAUUAUUGUAACUUACCUUGCUGCAGAAAAUGCGAAACAGCUUUCUUAUUUAUAUUUUCAAAUGAUCCUACAUCCAAAUGUAUGUGAUGUAACAUUCAUCAUGCAACAAAUUUGUUGAAAAUGAAUUCAUGUGUGCUAACAAAAUGUAUAUUGACUAACUGAAAAGAUAUAAGAAGGGAGAUUUCACUAGGUAAAAUGUAAGUGAAAAAUAUAAUUAAAAAUGUUGGUGUAAACAAUCUGUACACUACAUAUGAAUUUUAAGAUUAUAAUAUGUACAACUUUGAAUAUGACAAAAAAUUUGCAAAAAUUAAAUUGUGUCUAUGAUGAUUACUUCUAUAAGCUAAUUUAAGUCUUUGAUUAUUUAAACUAUUACAGCCACAGCCGUUGUGAUGGAUAGGAAUAGCGGUAAUGAAUAUAUUGAUAUUAAUUAGCCAUACUAUUUGUACCUAAGAAACCAACACUUUGAUUAUGGGCAUGUCAAAUCAAAUUUAAUUUAUUGCUCAUAAGCCUCAUUAUAAUAUUUGACUGAAGAUGUAGUUGACGUAUAGGCGUACCAGUUUACGCCAAAUUCAACAACAAGCGUGCUGUGAUCGAAUCACAACUGUUUGGUAGUGUAAGCAAGGUCGAAAUUGUACUAGAAAUACAACUUUUUGGAAUGUAGACCAUUUUUUCUAAUAUUGUAGUGUAAAUUGUGACAACAAAUGAAGAUGCAAUCCAGUUGAGACUUUUUUUUUUGAAGGUUUAGAUGAAUGUACCUUAUAAAACUGAAAAAAAAUUUAAUAGCAAAUGAAUCAAAAUUGAAUUAAACUUUUUUAUUGUAGUGUAAACUGGGUCAGAUAGGAUCUCUUCUUUCACCUAGUAUUUAAAGAUUGGGAUACUCCACCAUGUUGUCAUGGAAAUCUGGAAUAGUUUUAAAUCAGUAUUUUUGCCUGAUAUAAAAGGUAUUUUUCAUAUUUCCUAUAGCAUAAUUCUGCCUUAUUAUGUAUGAAAAGAGCUAAUAGAAAUACCAUUUAAUACACUUUCUGUAAAAUAUUUAGAAAAUGAGAAUGUAAUUUUAUACAUUUUUAUUCAGAUAUUAUAAAUGGUAUCUUUUUAAAAGGAAUGUUCCUAAUAAUAUAUUUUAUAUAUCAAAUUGAUUAGAAAUUUUAAAACAAAAUUACAAUCCAAAUGUUUUCAAUGAAUAUUCAAAUCUCAAAGUUCAUGUGAUUGGACAUAAUGAUGUCAUAAUACACCCAUAUAUGGGCAUAAUGAUAUCAUAUAUUCAUGGGCAAAUCAUGGAUAUUUUCUACAUACAAAUUGAUAGUUUAAUGAGCAUUAUUUCAAUAUUUAUAGAUAAAUAAUCUGUCAUUAAAACCAUUUUGACACACUAAUGAUUGUUGUAUAAGGACAAUCAUGAUAUCUUAAAUCAAAAUUUUUUUUAAAUGAAAAAAAAAAAGUAAAUAUAUUCACUGAGAGAACAAAUAUUAAGAUAAUGAAUUCUGAUUACAUAACUUUGCUUAAUGUGCUAAAUUUUCCCUGUCACCUGAUAAUCAUUCCAGAAAUAUAAUAUUUUAAAGGUGUCUUAUGAUUGGCUACUGUGGCAAGUGUUAAUGAAAGGUACUUUAUUUUGUAUGUGUGCUGAUAUUAAUAUUUAUUAGUGAAAACUAUUCAACAAACAGUUUAAUUAAUCAAAAAAGCACUUGAACAUUUCAACACACCUUGAUAUGAUUAACCACUUCGCAUUUCAUUUGAAACUGUUGAUUUAAAUUUCAUCCAUAUCAUUAUGUAACUUUAUAUUAUUUAUUAUUGGUGACUCUUCCAAAGCAAACAUUAUCUUUAUUCUUUUUUUUUUUAAUGAAUCCUAAGUUUUAUUUACAAACCAAAGAUUCUUUAAAAAAAGAAAUAAUUCAGGAUGGUUUAUGUUUAGAGUGUACUCAGUUUAGUUGUAUUAAGCAAGGUAAUGUGUUUCUGUGCAUGUGUAUUUAGUUAAAUAUAUUUUGUUUUGUUUUCUUAAAUUCCAAGUUGCUGGUAUGUGCCUUAAGCCAGUAUGUAAAUGGGAAUUUUAGAGGAAAUAGAAUUAGAAAGCUAUGGAAUGCCCAAAUGAAGGAAUGUAAUGUUUUUGUUCUAAUGUGUCUGUUAAAGCUAUGAAAUGCCUGUAAUUAUUUGUUUUGAUGUGACCUUGCAUUUUAAUGUUAAUUUACAUUCUGGAAGGAAUUCUUAUAACAAGUACUUCCUAAGUUUACGGUAAUUUAAGUGGCCUUAUUUAAUUUUAAUUGAAUUGAGGUGGUUUAGAACCUCACUAGGUUUCUUAUCUGCACUCUUGGGUGAAUAUUUUAAGGAAAUGUACAUAAAUUUGUACAAAUAAUGUAAAUAAGAUUUUAUAAGAUAUUUUAAAUGCAUUAGUAAAUAGAUUGGAUAAUAAUGAGCUUGCCUUUGCCAACAUCAUAUAAAAUUAGAGAAAAAAAAUGUUUUUAUACUAGUUUUCAAUUUAAUAUUAUGAAUUGAAAUUGUGCUUCAGGGUAAAAUUAGAUUAAAAGAGACAUUCCUCAAGCAACAAA